UGGUGAAGCUUAGAUAAAAAUUUUUUUUUUUAUUUGGUAGUGCCAUAAAAUGAUACCAGGUAUUUAUUAUUUUGUUAUGGUCAAUUUUGGUUUUUUUAAUUUAGUAUGCCAUUACCAAGUGUUUUUUCAACAUUUGGAGAUAAAAGUGAACAACUUUUACAGGGCAUGGGAGAGUUUGAAGAACAUGCAUUGGAUAGACCAGAAGAACGGGAAACUGAAGAUGGCAGUCCAGGUGAACGGGAAAUCGACGAUUGCACUCCAGGUACAUCACACGUAGUGCCAUCGUCGAAAGGUGAUGAUAUGAUUGAGGAGCCAAAGUCGGGCAUGGAGUUCAAUUCGUUUGAAGAUUUGUUUAGGUAUUAUAAGCAGUACGCUAAGCAAUGCGGUUUUGGGGUGAUGACACAAAGGAGUGAGAGGUCAGAGGAUCAAAGUGUCAGAUAUGUUACUCUUGGUUGUGCACGGGGAGGGAAGGCACGGGUUAAGACAUCCAAUGUUGCCAACCCACGUCCGACGGGAAAGACAGAUUGCAAGGCAAGGAUAAAUGCCUUGAGAGUCGAUGGAAAGAUGCAGUUGACAACAGUCAAUAAUUCACAUAAUCAUGUUACCAGCCCACAGAAAUCUCGCUUCUACCGAUGUAACAGAGAAGUGAGUGAGACAGUUAAAAGAGUCCUUGACACCAAUGACUUAGCGGGUAUCCGAUUGAACAAGAGUUACGGAUCUCUUGUAGUUGGUGCAGGUGGCUUUGAGAACCUGCCAUUUCUGGAAAAGGAUUGUCGCAAUUACAUCGACAAAGCCCGUCAUCUACGACUUGGUGCAGGUGGUGCUGGAGCACUUCGUGAUUAUUUUUUAAGGAUGCAGUACAAGAAUAACGGAUUUUUUGCAUUGAUGGAUUUAGACGAUGACGGGAGGUUAAAAAAUGUUUUUUGGGCAGAUCCACGUAGUCAGGCAGCCUAUAAGUAUUUUGGUGAUGUCGUGACAUUCGACACCACAUACCUGACUAAUAGGUAUGGGAUGCCCUUUGCACCAUUUGUUGGUGUAAACCACCACGGGCAGUCGAUUCUUUUGGGGGCUGGGUUGAUUUCCAAUGAGGACACGGAGACCUUUACAUGGCUAUUCCAAACCUGGUUGCAAUGUAUGGACGGAGUAGCUCCAAAGGCGAUAAUUACUGAUCAAGACAGAGCAAUGAAAAAUGCAAUUGCUAUUGUUUUCCCGGAAACGCGACAUAGAUUUUGCCUAUGGCAUAUACUGAAGAAGGCACCUGAGAAGCUUGGGGCAUAUGCUGCAUAUAAAAGCGGGUUGAAAACUGAGUUGAUGAAAUGUGUAUACGACACACAAACUAUUAAGGAGUUUGAAAAAUGUUGGGCCGUGUUUAUUAAUACAUACGACUUACAUGAGAAUGUGUGGUUGAAAAGUUUAUAUUUGGAGCGUGCGCAUUGGGUACCGGUUUUUCUAAAAGAGCACUUUUGGGCGGGAAUGAGUACCACUCAGCGUAGCGAGAGUAUGAAUGCUUUCUUUGAUGGUUAUGUCCAUUCAAAAACAAAUCUGAAAGAGUUUGUCGACCAGUUCGACAAUGCACUAAAAAGGAAAAUUGAGAAUGAAAAUCAAGCAGAGUUUCUUUCCUUUAGUGGCACCAUUCCCUGCGUAUCUAGAUCGCCAAUUGAAAAGAAAUUUCAAUUGUUGUACACGAAUGCAAAAUUUAAGGAAGUUCAACAGCAAGUAAUCGGUGUGCUUGAUUUGGAUCCAACUUUACAGACAAUGGAUGGUGUAAUGAAGACUUAUUUGGUAGAAGAUGAAGUUCGUAUUCAGGAGUUCACAAAACAGGUUACAUAUUUUGUGGAUUUUAAUGUCGAUGACUGUAAUGCAAAGUGUUCAUGUGGUUUAUUUCAGAUGAGGGGGAUACUGUGUAGGCAUAUUUUGUCUAUAUUCAAAUCAAACGGUAUAAAAUCGUUGCCAGAUCGGUACAUUUUAGACCGAUGGCGGAAGGACAUCAAGAGAAGAUACACUUUAAUCCGAUCUAGCUACGAUGCCGGGGAUGAAAGGCCAAAUGGUAAUAGACAAUCCAUUCUUCUGAAUAUGUGUUAUGAGAUGAUAGAUUAUGCGGUUGAAUCUGAGAAGGACUUUGACGAUGCAAAGAAGAAGAUACAAGAGAUGACUGGAUUAUAUCGUCAGAACCAACGACCCUUAUCUAGCGGCCAAACAGUUUCGGAACCUGGGGUUACAAUACUAGAUGGGGCUGUAGUUGGUAGCUCACAACAAGUCAAGAGUCCACUUGUUGUCAGAGGAAAAGGAAGACCUCCGUCUCUUAGACGAGCAUCCAGGAUGGAGACAGAAAUGCGGAAGGUUAAAGCCAAACAGAAGAAAGCACAAGUGGUUCAAAAACGCAAACAGCGAGAUGAAGGAGAUACAGUACCUAUGGGCACAAAACGGAGUUUAUUUGGGCCAUCAGAAGCAGAUGCAUAUUCCAACCACGGACAAUUUACGGUUAUGGACAGUAGUGGGACCACGCAAAGUGUUCAGUCGUGGUAUUUUGGUAGUCAAGGAAGUAAUCCUCCUAUGGUUGGUAGUCAAGGAAGUGUUCAUCAUAUGGUUGGUAGUCAAGAAAGUGUUCAUCCUAUGGUUGGUAGUCAAGAAAGUGUUCAUCAUAUGGUUGGUAGUCAAGAAAGUGUAAGAUCUCUCACUUAUCUAGGCCAUUUUAGUAAUAUUAUUUAUUAUUUGAUCAAGAUUUGUUUAUUUGGAUGGAAAUAGAUUUUUUAUGAUUGGAUGACACACAACCAAAGCGGCCUGGGUGGAGAUGGGUCAAACGCAUGGAUGUAAUGCGUUUGUAUAUUUCAUGUGACUUGGUGUAUUUACAAGGAGGAGGCUGAUGCAUUUUUUGUACACCACAUGAUGUGGUCUAUUUUGCUUUUCCCUCUGAAUUAUUUGGGCAGCUUGCCAGUUAUUUGUAGAUGAGAUCCUAUUUUGUAUAUUCUCUCUGAGAAUUUAAGUGGAUAAAAGGAGGAAGUGGCUGA